GUCUAGUCUAACGGCAUGCACUCACGCGUAUCAAAAACUACCUUGGAAUCAACACACUUUUAUCCAAAAUUGUUAUAAACUAUUUUUUCCGGGUAACCGCAGUGAAUCAUGGGCAAGCGCCGGCGCCGGACGUCUUCCUCCUCCACAUCUUCUUCGCCUUCUUCGUCUUCAUCGACCAAUACUUCCUCUCCUUGCUCCGAUACUAUGCAACAGUUGGAUGCUCAGCUCCUUUUCGGGAUUAUGCUUGCUGCUCUUUCGAACCAUGAAUUAGGAGCCACAUCAGAAGGAACCCUAGUUAUCCAAAAAGCCCUAGACCACCUUCUUCUUUCCCUUCUCUCCAAAUCCCCCAAUUCAGUCAUGCAAUCUCAACAAACCCUACACAUUCCUUUAAUCUCCUUGCUCCCUGUUCUCCUCAAUUCCAAGUGCUCUGUGGUUGCUUGUUCUGGUUUGGAGACAGUGGGUGCAGCUUCCCUGUUCUCAAUUGAGAUGAAUGAACAAAUUGCAUCGGAUGGAGAAAUAGUGAAGGGGUUGAUUACAGCGGUGACAAGCUCUAGGAGGAGCGUAGCCAUGGCAGCUUGCAAUGCCCUUCUUGACUUGUUGACUACUUCUGUUGGGCGGUGUAAAUUGCUGGAAUUCUCUGCCAUUGACAAUCUUAUGUUCCUAAAUCUUCAUCACCUCCAAUUUCCCUAAUUUCAGAAGAAGUGGGGAAUAAAACUUGCUUCAAAAUAGGAUUUAUGGAAGAUGAAUACCCUAUAUUACUUCUUGAUCUUGCAAUUACUCUCAUCAAUGAUUGUACACUUGAGCAGCUAGUGAAGAUCCCAAGAGAACUCCUCAAAGAAUUUAUAAAAUAUUUGUCAAGAAUAUGGGCAAAAGUACACAGACAUACUCUACUAGAUUCCAAUCAGGAAUCCGAGAAAUUUCUCUAUUCAAGCAGUAUUAAACCUAAUAAUUUAGCUGAAACCUUAUUCAGACUCUCAAUGGAAGAAGGACCAUUUGCCACAUCAUCCAAGUUCCUAGAUGUUAAAAGGAGUAUCUUUCACUUGGGUCAGAUGAAUUUUGAAUCUUUUAUCAUAAACCACUGGGAAGAAUCACCUUUACUUAUAACUGAAUCCUCAAAUGCUUCAUCACCCGAUAACAAUAUUUUCAAUUCGUUUUUACAACUUUUCACCUCUAAAGAUUCCAUUCCUUCAUUUCUUGCUUCUUUGCUUCAAAAUCUUGUUUCUACUCCACCAAUUAGUUCAGAUGAGCUCGAUAUAAUCACCUUUCUAAAAGAAUCAAGAGAAGAAAUCGGUUGCCCUAUAAUCUACCAACAAGAUAUUCGUAUCCUUAAAACCCUCGAUUCUAAAAUCGAAAACCAUUUUCUUCAAGGCUCUUCAAAUCUUCAAGAUAUUGCUUCUGUUUCAAAUGCAUUCAACAAUGGUUACACUUUUGCCCUUCGUGGGAUGGAGUUCCAUUUUCAAGAUUUCGCAUCUAUUUCAGAAGGGUUAGCUUUUCUUUUUGGUCAACCAUCAACAGGGGUAAAUAUGUACUUAACCCCACCAAAUUCCCAAGGGUUAGCUCGUCAUCGCGAUGACCAUUGUGUUCUUGUGUGCCAAAUUCAAGGAGUUAAAAAAUGGAAGGUUUUUCCCAAUUUUGGUACACAAUUACCUCGUUUAUAUUCAUCUCUUGAUGAUUGUAUAGAUAUGAUGGAUGGAUGUAAAGAGUAUUUAUUGAGAGAAGGUGACAUUUUAUACAUUCCUAGAGGCUUUCCUCAUGAGGCAUGUACCAUAGUUGAUGAUGUCAAAGCAAAUGAAGAUGUGAAAUACUCCUUGCAUCUUACUCUUGCUAUUGAGAUUGAGCCUCCAUUUGAGUAAGUUUUUUACUUCUACUAUGCAAAGUCUUCAUAAAUUUUUUUCAAACACCAUUUAUCCAAACAACACUUAAUUGGAACAAAAGAAAAAGAAAAAAAGAAAUAGGGCCUUACUUGCUUUGACAAAACAAUAUCUAUGGUUAGAUUUAUCAUCACUUUGUAAAGGUAAUACUUAAUAUCCUAUAAUGUUCACAAAUGCUCAACACGUGUCCACAGUAAAACAUAUGAUUACACUUUGAAAUUUGGUUUUCCUAUAGACUUGUAGAUGCCAGGUAGGAAAGGAACAAUAACAUAAAAUAAAAAAACAACAUUAAAUACUUUACUUUAAAUGAUAUCAUCAUCUAAUCAUUUUGCUUUUGGACCCAUGGUUGUUACAUGUUUGAGGUUCAUAUUGUAUGGUCAAUAUGCCAGUGCUUCACCCUUCAAGUAUGUAUUUAUUUAUUUAUAUUUUAUAGACAAAAUAGUAUUUUUUUUAUACAAUAUCAACUGUAUAUAUGAUUGUUUUGAAUGGUCAAACUGAUAUAUCUUGAUGACAGACAUGAAAAUUGUUCUUUUGUGACGUGUCCCACCCCAUAUAAUGUUGAUUGUUAUGUUGUCUAUAUUAGGAAAAUAAUUUAGGGUAAGAUAAAAAAAGAAAAAAAAAACAUCUGGACUUUUCACCAUUUUAUCGAUUUAGCCACUUAACUUUUUUUUUCUAGUGAUUAAACCGUUAUAUUAUUGUUGACU